CCCGAAAGCAAUAUUCUGUGCUCGCGUCGGUCGAUCUCUGUGGGCGUAGCCCCGAAGACUAGUAGAGGAGGAGGAGUUGCUCGGGCGGCGAGCAUCCACGCACGCACGCAGAAUUUACCAAAGCACACAGGAGGAGAACGAGAGAGGGAGAGGGGAAAAGCCGACGGCAGAAGGAACGCGAAGCCAUCACCCCCUUCUCCCCCCGUUGCUUCCCCGCGCCGAACUCGAAUCCUCCCCCUCGCGCCGCACCCGAGGGCUCCGCCGGAGAUCGGUCGAGGGGACGCGGCCCUAGCUGGAGAUGGUCGCCGCCGUGGUGAACUACCCGCUCGUCGCGGGGCUCCUCGCCUUCGCGGUCGCGCAGUCCGCCAAGUUCUUCACCACCUGGUAUAAAGAGAAGCGUUGGGAUGCCAGGCAAUUUAUAGCUUCUGGAGGGAUGCCAUCAUCACAUUCAGCCACAGUGACAGCACUUGCAGUGUCUGUUGGUAUCCAAGAAGGCUUUCGUAGUGCUACAUUUGCAACUUCAGUGAUACUUGCAUGUGUGGUGAUGCAUGAUGCUUUUGGUGUUCGGUUGCAUGCUGGAAAACAGGCAGAGGUGUUGAACCAAAUUGUCUACGAGCUGCCUAUAGAGCAUCCACUGGCAGAGACAAAGCCAUUGCGUGAAAUUCUUGGACACACUGUCCCUCAGGUGGUGGCUGGUUGCAUCCUUGGAAUCCUCACGGCUGUGAUCAUGCUCUUAGCUCUGGGGAGUUACACUUAGAUAUCGGCAAUAUUUGAUCAUCAGAUAUCACAUCGCCGAUCUUGUAAAGCAUAAAGAAAAAAGCUCAUCUUUGAUGUAAUGUGUAAAAGUGGCCUGUCCAUGCUGAUGCUACAAAGUCUUUUAACUGAUUUAGAUCUGCGCUGUAGGAUAGUGGGUCGUAGCUUCAGUUGGUGCUGUAAAUCUGAGAUGUUUGCCGUCGAUUAGAACCUCCUCAUGUUGAAUGUUUGCAGUACAACUAGCAGUGAUAUGUAGAGCUUGAGAAGUGAUGGUUCUGAAUAGUUGAUACCACGUCAUAAGCUCCACUUUGUGGGUACACAUAUUUGCCUUUUUUAAAUCUCAAUUAUUAUAUUUGCCUUUGAUCCAAAGA